AUGACAAGACCGCGUGGCGGCCGAAACCCUGUGCCGCAGUCCGCAAGGCUGUCCUUGUCUUCAUCGUCCUCACUUGAUAAUGUGCAACAUUCGCCAAGAGCGAACAUAUCCUCAUCAUCGGCACCUAGAACUACUCCUUCCGCUGAGAUUGAAUUCUUUGGCUCGACAGCCUUUCCAGCUAUCAUCAAUGAUGACCAGGACAUUGUUGAUUCAUUUGCGGGGCAAUUUCGCAAUCAGUCAAUAUUACAGAUUGGUAAUGCAAACCACAAUCAAGAGCAAAUCCCGGAAAAACAAAUCCUAGAGGGCAUGGCUGUAUUGAACUUACUGGUCAACUUUCCAGCUUUCACAAAUUGUAUCUACAGGUACCUUGAGCUCUCCUAUACAUGCAUGGUACCGGAUCCAUUUAUUAAAGCUUGCGUCCUAUCGAUACAAGAAACUAUUAACGGGCUAAAAGGCAGUCGCCUACGACAACUUGCUCUAGAUCUGUUUGUAAACACUUCCAAGCCUUUAAAUCUGUUUACGCCUGUUCCAGCCAAGGACUACCAUACUUUGUUCACUGGAUCCAAUCUCAGGUGGGAGAUUGUUGGUUUUGUCCUUGCUAUUCUUGGAGUAUCUCUCAAGUACGAUAUCAAUAAGCAAAACGAGCCACCAAGAUCGCUUCCCGCCCAGAAACCCGGUUUCAUCCAUCAGAUCGCUGAAGCAGUGGAAUAUUGUACCUCUGUCUGUUAUAGGUACACCUGUGUUAACCAUCAGGCUUUAUGGCUGCUCUAUGGAGAUGCCUGCCUGAAGAAUCUGGUGUACGGCGAUAUGAGUUUCCAAUUCUGGCGCUGUAUGGGCGAUCUCUCGAGUAUGUUCUACGCCCUUGGACUUCACCACCAGAACUCCACAUUUGAGGAAAUACAUCCAUUCUACCAACUUGAGAUGCGAAGGAGAUAUGCCGCCCAAAUAUAUUCAAUGGAUAAAACUAUUAGCACUAUUCUUGGCCGGCCGCCAAGAAUCUCGGGCUCACACUGUACCAAUGUCAUGCCCGCUGAUAUCGACGAUGGAGUUUUAUUGUUAGAGGGUGACGAGCUGCAUAGCUCAUUGCACAAUGUCGAUGCGAAUGGUUGGAAUCUAGAUCAACAAUUUCGCGGCGCAACCUGGAGACGGAUGAAGCUGCUAGUUAGUCAAUUUCGAGAGGAGGUACUUGGGGUUUGUCUUCGAACACAUUUCACCAAUGAUAGUGAGAUAUUAACUCAGGAUAUAUUAACCAGACACGAGUUUGUUUGGGAUCAGAUUCCGGAAGAGUUAAAGUACAACGAGCUCACUGGAUCUCAACACAUUCCUCCUCCACAACGAUAUGUUGUGAUGACAACUUAUAUGGACCAACAGUACAACUGCUUCUUGUUACAUCGAAAGCUUGUGAAUGAGACUCAGUGGACGCGGGAACCUCUAUACAAGGCCUCAAGGUCGCUGCUGAAUACAUCCUUACAGGUAGUAUCGCUCUCUGAUCAAGUCUUCAACAUGCAGCGAGACAUAUCUUGGUCUGCGCCAGUAUCUUGGCAGUCGAUUUACUCAAAGACUUACAUCGUACAUUCGACACUCCAAACUCAGGGAUCGACGUGA